UUAUUUUCCUUAUAAGUUUCCUAGAAAAGAAAGUGCUAGACAUGGAAGACAAACACAUAGUUCAAUUACGGUCAAUGAAGGAAGAGAAAGAUCAGCUUCAAGUAUUGGUAUCUAAGCAAAAUUCCAUCAUUGAUGAACUGAAAAAACAAUUAGUGACUGCCACAGUAAAUAAUUCAGUUCUUCAAAAGCAGCAACAUGAUCUGAUGGAGACAGUUCAUAAUUUAUUGACUAUGAUAUCAACAAAUGCUAAGAAUCCCUCUGUUGCUGAAGUAGAACAAACCGUUUUCAGAGAUUGUGCUGAAGUAUUCAAAUCAGGAGUCACUGCUAAUGGUGUCUACAUGCUAACAUUCCCUAAUUCUACGGAAGAGAUAAAGGCUUACUGUGAUAUGGAGACAGGUGGAGGUGGGUGGACAAUUAUUCAGCGACGUGAAGAUGGCAGUGUUGAUUUUCAGAGGACUUGGAAAGAAUAUAAAGUGGGAUUUGGUAACCCUUCAGGAGAAUACUGGCUGGGAAAUGAGUUUGUUUCACAACUGACUAAUCAGAAACGCUAUGUGCUUAAAAUAUACCUGCAAGACUGGGAAGGAAAUGAAGCUUACUCAUUGUAUGAACAUUUCUAUCUCUCAAGUGAAGAACUCAAUUAUAGGAUUCACCUUAAAGGACUUACAGGGACAGCCGGCAAAAUAAGCAGCAUAAGCCAACCAGGAAAUGAUUUUAGCACAAAGGAUGCAGACAACGACAAAUGUAUUUGCAAAUGUUCACAAAUGCUAACAGGAGGCUGGUGGUUUGAUGCAUGUGGUCCUUCCAACCUGAAUGGAAUGUACUAUCCACAAAGGCAGAACACAAAUAAAUUCAAUGGUAUUAAGUGGUACUACUGGAAAGGGUCAGGAUACUCGCUCAAGGCCACAACCAUGAUGAUCAGACCAGCAGAUUUCUAAAUGCCUGUGUACAUCUGAUGAGGAGUAUAUUGUACUAUUUUCAAAGACUUAGUCCCAAAGCAUGGAAAGACACUGCUGCACAUUGUCUCUUCUUCCACACUGGACUGCUGCUUUUGGGUACUGAUGGGAUCCAUGUGCUCCAGAUUAGAGCCCAUAAACUUCAUCACUUAAGCCUGCAUCACUUAAUGAACCUAAGCAAAACCCAAAACAAGCAAUGUGGGGUUGUGAUCUGGCAGACACUUACGUGAAGAUGAAUUCAAAGUUGAGAAUUAGACUGACAAUUUACAAACCUUGCUGUCACAACCAAGAAUGCUAUGUGCGAGUUUAUCACUAAAUAACUGGAAAACAGAACACUUAUGUUAUAUAGUACAGAUAAUCUUGGAACUGCAUUCUUCUAGGCACUGUUUAUAGAGUGUGUAAAUAUCCAUAUGUGCUGAAUUCAGAAUCACUAUCACUAUUAAAAAGAAGAAAAAAUCUUUAAGUCAUAAAAAUAUAUCACACAUUCAGGGAUUUUUCUGAGAAGUGAUUACUAGCAGUUUAAUAUUUGGAAAAAGAUAGCACAUCCUCCUCCUCCUAGGUGCCUUAAAUUUUAAUUUGAAGACAGCAUAUUCACAUAUAUGUUGACAGCUUAAGUUAAUGCUUAGAUACACAGUUCAAGUUCAUAUGGUGAAAACUUCCAGGAUCUCUGAAAUUAUCAAUAGAAAUGUGUGUUAUUUCCCUUUAUAUGAAGAUUGUACUAUAUUUUUCUGCCUGGCUGUUAAAUAUGAAGGUAUUUUUAGUAAUUAAAUAUAACUUAUUAGGUAAGAUGCUACAUUUGAAUUUUAUGAUAAUAUUUACAAUUUUGCUAUUUGAUUCUGAAACUGAUUGUGUCUCAAAACAAGGUUGAUUUUUAAUGAUUAAGAAAAUUAUACAUUUAAUUCCAUCAGAAAGAGAACUUAUUAUUUUGUCUCUAUUCUAAUACAGAAGUCUAAUUUCCCUUCUAGUUGAGUAUUUUAGAGGACCAGAUGACAAUUCAAUUUGUAGUUUGGAAAGAAACCUUCAUUUUAAGUCAUCUACAAAGCUAUAUUUCUCACAACUCACACUCUAAAUUUAUUUUAGGAAAAUAAAAUUGUAGUAGUUAAAUUUUUUUAUGUCCAUCAGCAACUUUCAAGAAACCUGAAGUGCAAAAAUCAUCUAAUGUACAGAGACUAUAUUUAAAUGUUUAUAGAACAUUUUAAGGGCUGGCUCUCUGGCCUACUGGCUAAGGCAGUCAAAUCCCACAUGGUCAAGCCCCUGUUCAAGUCUCAGACCUGGCAGCUUGAGAAACAUGCUGAGUGUGUGUGUGUACAUGCAUGAAUAAAAUCCUGAAGGGAGAGAGAGAUGAACUGGAAGGGAUCCUGGCAAGAUCAUUCCCAUGCAGAGACUUCCUCCCCUUUCCUCUUUCUCUGUCUCUGGCUAGCAACAUGCCCUCUGGCAAAAAUUAAAAAAAAAAAAUAGAAAGAAAAAAAUUUGAGAACACAGCUUUGCUCUCUGGGUUAUAAAACUUUAAACUCCUAGAAUUUUAACUCAUUUUGAAGGUCUCAAUGUAUAAUUAAUACUAAUGAGCAUUUGUACAAUGCUUUAUAAUUUUGAAGAAAUUCCUCAUAUAUUCCUUUUUGGGUCAUUCACUUAUAAAUUUAGAGUUCAGUUUGCAACCAGCAUUUACUAUAUGUCUGUCUUUAUCUUACACUAUUAAUGCUACUACCUUUUCCUUACUGUAUUUUUCUUAUCUAAUUUAUUUUACCCCUCUUUCCUCUACCUUAGUUUAAGAACACUUAUGUGUGGCUACACAUUCUGAGUCAAUUUAUAGACUCGGGAAAAAUCAAGGCAUUCUAUUUUUAUUUCCACCAUGCUUCACUUUUCCAACAACUGUUUUACUCAGUAAAGAAUCUCCCUACUUAGAAUUAUUUUUAUUAUUACAUUUAAGAAGGUUUUAUAAAUUCUACAAAUCCAGUAGUUUUGUGCCAGGUUUAAAAACAUUUUAGGGACCAGCAGUUAGCA